AUGGGUCGAGCUUCGAAGCGUCAACAAAGAGAAAAGGAUCAACUGAAAGAGUUAGGAUUCACGAACAAUGAUUCAUUGGAUGAUAUACAGCGUGACCAUCAAAUUGAGGAAGAAGACGAAGAGGAAGAGGAAGAGGAAGAAGAUCAAGUUUCUGAUCGACAGUUUUCAAAGUCUUUCAAUGCAUUUGCUUCACUUGGUGAUCGAGAAGACCAACUUGAUGAGGAUGAUGGACCUCAAGAUGGUCAUGAGGAGGAUGCAUCAAAAAUGCAGUCAACACUUCCAAAGAAAUCUGGGUCACGAAAGAAGUCUAAACCCAAAAAGAAAGCAAAGAACAAAUCAUCAAAUGUAGUCACCAACUCAACCACAAAUGAUCACGACGGAUCAACCUCUCCCGACUCUGUAAAGCAAUUCAAGAAUACCAAGAAAGAUUCACGCAUUGAUCAAAAAACACCUGAAGUUGAUGAAAUAGAAGAAGCCUUAAAAGAAUUAGGUUUAUCUCACCCAAAUCUCGAUCCUACGAAUUCGUCAUCAAACAAAUCAAUUAAUCUUGAUGAGAUCAUAUCGAGCGCCUGUUCGAUUGAUUGUAAGAUGUUAGAUGCUGAUCAAGAGUUACGUAGAAUGUUUGGAUCAAGAGUGAUUUCUUCAGCACUUAAUUCUACUAGAUCAUCACCGACACCUUAUCAUCCUAGGAUCUCUAAUAACCCUCAUCAUCAAGUCAAUUUACGAUUGAAAACAGCUUAUUUGGCCAAACCUCAGCCAACUUGGCCACCCUUCGAUAAGAUGUCAGUCGGUUUCAGUAUGAGACCUACGAGCGCAGAAGAAGGUGAGAGGAUUAAUAAAACACCUUGCUCUCAAGAAGUGUGGUUCACUUUCGAACAUAGCGCACGUUUCAAGGCCAUCCAAGCCAAAUUUAUCCAGGCUAUCAUGUCUCAUGAUCCCAAUCGACUCAUGGCACUCUUUCAGAGCGCACCUUAUCAUCCCGAUACCUUAUUACAAUUAUCAGAUAUAUCAGCCCAACAAGGUGAUACAGGACAAGCAUUAGAUUUCUUAAACAGAGCUCUCUAUAGUUUUGAAAGAUGUUUCAAUCCACUCUUCAACAUAAGUAAAGGUUUAGUUAGAUUAAAUUUCAAAAUGGUUGAAAAUCGUGGGUUUUUUCGUGCAAUUGAUAAAAGUAUGCAACUCCUAGCUAAGAGAGGUUGUUGGAGAACUGCAUUUGAAACAUGUAAAUUAUUAUUUGCUAUGGAUCCUUAUCAGGACCCCUACGGGGCUUUGUUAUGGCUUGAUUUUCUCGCUCCUAAAGCCAAGCAAUACCAAUACUUCUUAGAUCUUUCUGAACACCUCCCAGAAAUUGCAGCUUUGGAAGGAUGGGGUUUCCCGAAGACUGGAUAUCCCGGAUUUGCUUACGCAGCGGCCUUGUGUAGGUGGCAUCAUGAGGAAGAACAAAAUAACUCUCAUGAAACAAGUACGAAGGAAUUGGAGACAGCGAUCGUCCGAUUCCCACAACUUACAUCCUAUUUAGGCGGAAAAUUAGGAAUAUCGUUACCCAAAACUUUCUCUACUGUAGAAAGAGCAUCACCACGUCCAGGUUUCAUUGACGAACAUCAUUUGAUUCAUCUUCAAGCUAUCAUUUAUGUGACGAGAUCAUCGGAUCUUUGGAAAGAGCCUGAUGUACUUAGUUGGUUUCAGACUACUGUUUCUUCUUGCCAUCAUCGGUUAAGUGAUGAUAAGGACCCAGAUGUAACAGAAGGUCAAAAACUCUCGCAAGAGUAUUUAUCGGAAUCUACUAUUGGGAUCUAUAGAACAGUGCUCCUGUCAGGUAUGAUUUUCUUCGUCAUUGUUGAGAAGUACUACUCGAAAAUUGACACUUCUCAUUACUUUGUAGAUCAUCAAGUAUUGAAAGGUUUCUUACCGCCUAAAUUUCUUGCAAUGCAGAGGUAUUCAUUCGAUCCAGCGCCACCUAUCGGUGGUACCGCAUUCAAUGCUGAAUACUUUAACAUUCCGGAUUCAUCUAACAAUGAACCGCGUCAAGAUGAUAAUCAUCAAGAUGACGCAAGAGAUGAAGGAGGUUUUCAAGAAAUCUUUGAUCGGAUUAUAGAAGGUGUAGCUGCGAUGGAAGGUGGAAAUCGACAACAAGGACAUCGACAACAACUCAAAGACCAAAUUGAACAAAUUCAACUUAUAUUGCAAACUGAUGAGGGCAAUCUUACUCCAGAAGCAAGAGAGGAGCUUUUAGAAUUACUUGAAGAACUUUUGAUAGGAUUACGUGAAGGACAAGAUGCGGAUGAUGGGGGAAAUGUACAGGACGAAGAAGAUGUGGUGGAAGAUGGUCGAGAGCCUAUGGAUCGAAAUAUAGCAGAGGAAGGUGAAGCUGAGUCUUCAGACCGAAGGAAUACUGAUAGGAUUGCUAUGCCUGGAUCUUUUCAAGUUGAUGAUAGCACGUCUGUUAAUGAAGAAACUCAUGAAACUCAACCUGGUAUAAUGGAUCGACUAUGGAGAUGGGUAGGAUAA